AUGCCGCAAGAAGAUGAAUUCUGGUACCGUGGCGGAACACAAACGGAAGCUCGGAACAUGCCCAGCAGUCUAUAUCCAAGGCCGAUCCGACCUCAAGAAUUGCACCCUGAUAUCAUCAAUACACUCCGAUAUUCGAUUGCCAUGGACAGUGGUCAGCGAUAUAAAGCGGCAGUGAUUACAGCCGCCCGGCAGCCGAUCGAGCUUUGGGAGUACCAAGCCAUUCCACCACCUGCUGGCUGCAUCAACAUCGCCGUGGUGCGCGCCGGCGUAUGCGGCACGGACUUGCAUCUAUGGCAAGGAGACAGCGAAAGCAAUGAGCCCUUCAUCAUCGGACACGAGGGUCUGGGCCGGAUCAUGGCGCUAGGCGACGGGGUAACCACCGACCACAGUGGAGCGUCCGUGGCUGUAGGCGAUAUAGUCUACUGGAACCCUAUCCGGCCGUGCCACGCCUGUUAUGAGUGUACCAUUCGCCGCGAUCUUACCGGCUGUCAGAAUGGAACAUUUGUCUCGCCUGCGCGAAACAAUAUCACCUGGGCCAGCUACACCCAGGUCGCUACCUUGCAGCAGAACAACAACUUCUACCGCGUCUCUCCAGACGUGCCGCUGGACAACUUCAUCGCCCUGGGCUGUGCGCUGCCGACCAUGCUGAAGGGGCUGGAAAACAUGGGGCCCAUAGAGCGCGGUUCAGCGGUGUUGGUGCAAGGGUGCGGCGCCGUUGGGCUGGCGGCCAUCUUCCUGGCCAAGAUCGCAGGCGCCAGGGCGAUCAUCUGUAUCGAAGGAAAUGCCGCGCGGAUGCAGAUGGCCAAGAAAUUCGGCGCCACCGAGGUGCUGAACAUGGCGAGCACUGAGUACAGCACCCGGCAGGCUCGCGCGCGACGAAUUCAGGAUAUUGUGGGAUCGCAGGGGCUAGAGCUAGCAAUUGAAUGCAGUGGACAUGCAUCAGCGGUGGAGGAAGGACUGGCCUUGGUGACCAGAAACGCUCGAUACCUCCUGGUGGGAACCUGGGCAGGGGCUGGAACAGUGCCGUUGUCUCCAUUUGAGACUGUUCACAAGGCCCUCAAGAUCAUCGGGACCACCUAUGCCUCCCCUGAGAACUACUAUGAGGCGGCACGCCUGGUAGAAGCCCACUUUCAAGAGUUUCCCUUUGCCGAGUGUGUUACCCAUCGAUUCCCCCUGUCUGGAGUGAGCGAGGCGCUCCAGACAGUUUCAACAGGGACGGCCGUUAAGGCCGUCAUUGAACCCCAGGCGGAGUGA